GUGAUUUGCGCCCUGGAUUGAGAAUACCCGUUAGCGGUAAAAUAAGUGUAACACCGGCCAAUCAGGCGUCCUGGGCUCAAGAAAAUUGAGAUAAGGACCGGGUUGUCUGUGCUUUUAUAUUUGAAGAAAGCUCCCCAGUUUUAAGCUUUCUUUCAGGGUUGAGAGCUGUCUGAUUUAUUAACUAUUGUUGUCGCAAGGUAUAGUCCAGGCUUGUAGACUCUACAGAUUCUAGAUUAGAUUGCGAGACAGAGAAAAAGUGAGGAUGCCACUACCAGCGAAGCGCGUCGCAGUCAUCGGCGCCGGACCCUCAGGUGCCAUUGCGGUCGAUGCGCUGGUGCAAGAGGGCGCCUUUGAUGUGGUGCGCGUGUUCGAGAGGCAGGAAAGGGCUGGCGGGAAUUGGGUCUCGCGCCCAACGGAAAAGGCCACCCCUCUCGACGUCGACGCCCUGUCGUCGCGAACAGCAGAUGUCCCAAUCGAAAUUCCUUCCAAACUCCCCGCCUACACGCGCCCAAUCACAGCGCAUAGGUAUACAGACUCGCACAUCUACCCGGGGCUACAUACGAACGUCGACGCCUCCGUGAUGGAGUACUCAGCCGAACCAAUCCCAACCAAACGCUCAGAGUGGUCGGUGAACCUGCAUGGACCAGACACGCCCUUUCGACACCACGAGGUGAUAUGCGGGUAUAUUGAGGAUCUGCUGAAUCGGAACGGGUACCAGGGUCUCGUGGAAUAUGAGACGACUGUUGAGCGGGCGGUUAAGGAUGAGGAGACAGACAGCUGGGUUUUGACGUUGAGGCGAGCUGACCGCGAGGCGGGGAGGGAUUAUUGGUGGACGGAGAGCUUUGAUGCGCUCGUUGUGGCGUCGGGGAAGUAUCAUGUUCCGUAUGUUCCAGCGAUCCCGGGGUUGAAGGAGUUUGCGGAGAUGUUCCCCGGGCGUGUUGAGCAUGCGAAGCAGUAUCGGGGGCCGGCGAAAUAUAAGGGCAAGAAAGUCGUCACAAUCGGCGCCUCCGUCUCAGCAGCCGACACCGCCGUCUCACUGAUCAACACCGCACAGUCCCCGAUUUACGCUAUCGUCCGCGGCAAAUACAACGUCUACUUCGGCGACCACGCAUUCGCACACCCAUCCAUCGAGAGACGGCCCCCAAUAUCCCGAAUUGAGAGCAGCAUCGAGACUGGGAUAUGCACAGUGCACCUCGAAGACGGAACGUCCAUCUUCGACGUCGACCACUUGAUCUUCGGAACGGGAUUCUCCUGGACUCUCCCGUUCUUGCCAAACAUCGAGAUCCGGAACAAUCGUGUCCCCGGACUAUAUCUGCAUGUGUUCCACGAAUCGGAUCCGGGAUUGGUCUUUCUAGGCGCCGUUGGAGCAGGGUUGACGUUUAAAGUCUUCGAAUGGCAGGCCGUCGCUGCGGCGCGGGUCCUUGCCGGAAAGGCCUCCCUGCCUCCGCUGGAGGAGCGACGAAAGUGGGAAGCCGAGCGGAUUGCGGUAAAGGGCGAUGGUGCUGGGUUCCUUAUGGUGAAUCCGGAUUUCGAGGAGUACUUUGAGCAAUUGCGUGCGUUGGCUGGGGAACCUAGUGAGGAUGGUGUUGGAAGGCGAUUGCCGGCGUUCGAGCAGAAGUGGGUGGAUGACUUUUCGGCGGGACAUGAGCGGAGGAUAAGAAUGUGGAAGAGGGCGAAUGAGGCAGCGAAGGGGGCGAGGAUCUGAGCUGUUGAUUAACUGUUGCUCCAUUAGCGUGGCAUAGCUGUUGCCAACAGAAUUGAUGAAGUGAAUAGAUCUCUAUGUCUAUAAUCUGUCUAUAUGUAGCUAUCAUGUCCAAUCCAACAAAUUCCGACGCAGACUCUCCGAAGAUUAAACAAGAUAUAUCGUUAAAGGUGUACAAGGAAGGAAAGUACCAGACCUGUGUGUUCGAGGUUAGAAGCGCCAGCGCUCAAACGACGAGUAUAAAUGCUGAGUUUGAAUCCAGAGGAAUGCUAAAGCGAGCAGGAAAACAAGGGGUAUUGUCGUUUUGCGACCAAUCACUCCUUUGUAGAUAAGUGUGGCAACCAGGCAGCACAUACACAGCAUUGCGAAUAGUUUGAGGUGGGAAGCGGGUUUGAUAUUCGUGCCGUGGCUCUCGGGGGCUCUGGAGAUUGUUAGCGCCGGUUUGCUAGUACAGAGGAAGAGCAUACCUAGGUACUGGCCAUCCAUCCACGUAGUCAAGAUAAUUCCAGCCUAGUUGUGCGUCCUAGAGGAUUAUUAGCAGAUGUAGUGAAGGUUAGGCAGUAUCACU